AUGCCACUUUUUAUAGACACAGAAAGGUUGGAUUCAAACUCUUGUACUGUAAAAGACCUGCUUUCUUUUCCAUUGCUUGUCGAGAAAUCAAAGAACUUUGCUUCACAGCCACCAAGACACUUGUCAACCACUGACAAGGUGUUAUACAUACACCAAAGAGAGUUUGGUUCUGUGAAAUUGAAUGACGAAAAUAUAAAAUUUAUUGGAUCUACAGAUGCUACAACAUGCCACAUCAUUGUAUGUGAAUCUGACGUUGCUGCAAGUGUAGGCCAUUUUGAUGGGUGCGAUACUGAAUCAGGUUUGGAAGGGAUGUUAAAACAGCAUGUUAAACUUCAUGAUAAGGUUUCAAGUAAUGAAUAUGAUAUACCAAUAAAGGUCCAUAUAAUUGGUGGAUUUGAUGAUGAUCGCAAUAUUUCUGUAAAACUGCUUGAGAGUGUAUUGGCCGUUUUAUUGAAAUGUCCUUUCAAUGCUCAACUUCUGACUUUGUGUACGUAUACUCAAAACACAAACAUUUUAAACGGAAAGACUGUACCAAUGGUUUGUGGUGUAGUGUAUGAUCUGAAUUCAAGAAAGAUUUUCCCUGCAACAUUUAGUGACAAAGGCCCUUCUAAUGUUCUUAGAAAUGCAAGGAUUUUUGGUGGUUCAGAAAAAAUGUUUAGCAUUUACAAGGGAAUUGAACCAACCCUGGAAAUUGGACCAUUUAAAUACCAUGUUUUUGAAGCUGCAUAUAUCAUUCCACAACUUCCUGCUGUUGAUGUUUUAAAGUAUUGCUCAACAUCCCCACAUUGUGAGCCUGAGGAUUUUGUAGAGACAACUAAAGCAGCCAUGAAAUUCCUAACAGAUAAUCCAGAUCCAAGGAAGGUUUUUCCAAAGGAAGAGCCAUUGAAGUAUGUUAUGAAUGAAUAUGGACAGUGGGUUCAAUUAAAGUCUUGAUCUUGUCAUUUACAUCCCCCAUCUUCAAUCACCAGGGCUUCCAAAGACGGAACUAGGGUGCCAUGCAAACAAUAGACAUUUUUUGUAAAAUCUGAGGUUAUAGGUCUUUAAUUUGCUCCCUGGCCACCUACUUCUUAACUUGAGUCUGAAUCCAAAAAAGAGUUAGUGUCUGUAUUGAGCUUUUAUAAUGAUAAAGAGAUAUUUUAUAAUAACUUGUGGACUUUUAUAAUGACUUUCACUUUAUAGCAUCUUUGCAAAUGGCAGUGACAGGUCUUUUCCUGAAGAAAUUUUUGCAAGGGCAACAAACUGCCUGCCUGGAUAAGCUUACAAUAGCGAUCGCCCAUCCAACACUGUCGGUUAAACAGAGUCCUAAAAUAAAGACUUGAGGGGGGAUUAGGGUAUUAUCUAACCAAGACUGCCUUCCCUUUGAUUUUCUAACUGCACGACAGCAGGUUGUAGCCAAAAUAUUUGGUGUAAUGAUUUAUAAUGUCAACAAUGAGGAAAUGAUGUUUUCUCUUCAUUAACAACUUGACCUUUCAUUCAGGAAUACCAUGACUUUAGGGAAGGAUGAAAAGAAAAUAAACUAAGUCGACCAGCUAAGUAAAAACAUAAGAUAAAAACUUGAAAUCAACCAAAACCAUCAUGUAGAAGUUACAUUUUUUAAAGUUCUUCUUCAGUGUAUGAAUCACAAUCAGAUUCUGACUCGGUUGAAAAUUCUCUCUCUCUUCCUCCUUGAUUGCAUUAUCUAUGUUUUCAGAUUCUUUUGGAGCUUCAAGACAAAGUCUCUAGCUUGGAAGCUCCUCUGUAACAGUUUUAUGUGUUUUUCCUCCAAAUAAAUAUCAACAUCUCUUUUCAUUAUAGCAUUUCUUUCCCCAUACUGUCCAGUUUUAUCAUUGUCGCUUAUUAUCAAUAUUUGUUGUUCGUGCUUAUGAGUAACCGACGUACGAUGUGGGGUCAUCAAGGUUUACUGAAAAUUUGGUCCGGAUCACGGAAAUCUGGCAAUUUCUGGACGGAACGACGGAACUCUACACAUUUGGUGGACGCGGAAUUUCUCGAAAAUGAUGCACCGUAUACGGAAUUUUUAAUCAGUUUUAGGAUUUGUGGAAUUUUUCAUCUGUUUUCUUAUAAUACCAUCUUUGAAUAAAGGUCCCAUCAACAAUUUUAAGGCACGGAAUUUUGACUAAAAAUGACCAGAGCGACGGAUUUCUACCCCCCCCCCCUUGAUGGCCAACACUUAGAUAGCACUCUUGUUUUAAAAAUUUGUUGCAUGUUUUUGCGAGAGCGGUAAAUGGCCUGCGUCAAUAAUUUGGCGAUGGCGAUGGUGAGGGGGAUUGCCCGCGUGAAACGAGAAGACCUGGGCAGUGGCAUAGUGACAUAGAUAUCGCCAGUGGUGUAGUGCUAUCAAAAUAACAAGGAGGGCUCUUGCCCAAAAUGUCGCGAAAAACAAUAGCAAAAGAAGAGAUUUGCCAAUUUUCGGCAUUCAACAAGGGGGGCUCAGCCCCCUUGAGCCCCCCUAGCUCUACACCCCUGGAUAUCGCCCUUGUAACUUAGCUGUUAAGAUUCAUUUUAUGCAAUGAAAUCAAACUUUCCCCCAACUUGUAUUUUGUUUUGUUGGACACUUCCUCACACACCCCUUUUAAGCAAAACUUUGAAGGAAUGCACCAGCUCAUUAGCUAUUAAGAUGAAAAAGAGGUUAGUCAAACACUGUCGCUUAAUUUUAUUUUCCAUAUACCUUAAUGCAUAAAAACCAUUACUGAGUUCUUUGCAAGUCCAAAUCUUUUCCUAAGUCUUUCAAACACUUCCAUUUUUUCAUGAUACUCUUGUUCUUAUUCUUUAAUUAUAACUUUUGUGUGUAAUCCAUGAUGCAUCGUGUGGAACAACUGAUUUAUUCAAAAGAUGAAAAGCAAAAAAGAAGCUCUUUUUUAGUAAAAUCACUUAAUUACCAAACAGAAAUUAAAUACCUAAAUAGGAGGAAAAUAUGAUUUUGCAGUUUCCUCAAAAGUUCCUCCAGAUAAAAGCUUCUCUAUUAUUUCAUCACGUUGUAUUUGAGAGGCCUUGUCCAAGCCAUGCUCCUUACGCGUUGCACCGCCAUUGACCAGUUCUUUUACGAUACGUUCAACACCACCAGGCUUGUACAGCUCAGUGCUCAUCCACUUUUGUGCAUCUUUUGGCCAUUUUGCAGCAAAAAGCAAAGCCUGUAAGAUCUUGAAUAUCGCUACACUCACAAUCUCAUUUUCCUUAUACAAUAUUUCUGGAAUAGUGUUAGGCUGGUGUUGUGGGAAAAAAGCAAUACACCGGCAUUCUAUGGAUUCACGCGGCUGCGCAUCAGGUUGUGCAUAUGGGCUUCGUAGUGACGUAUGAAAAGUAUACCUGGUUUUUGUUCUUGAAUUGCUGUCAUACUGCAUAAAGAUGAGCAUUUCUUUUUUCAACAUGUUUGGGUAAUAAUACCAUUGGUGGAAGCUGUUUUGUCCUGGAUCCAAGCGAUAUGUCUCACUUACCUGGUCACCUUUCACAACAUCACAAGGAACAAAAUCGUCAGGAGCUAUGACUGUUCGGGCAUCACACAUCGCUAAGUGGUCAUCUUCUAUUGGCGAUUUAUCAGAUAUGUUUCGCCAUGCAUUUAUAACAGCAUAUCUGCCCUUUCGAUAAUCAGCCUUAGCCAUGCUGUCAAAUAAAGAAAUAGCAUUGCGGACGGUGUAAUCGCAAUGCACAACGCCAGCAGGUUGGCCUACUGCCCUGUGAGCGUGUUCUACAUUAGAGAAUUGUCUCCGUACAACAGGCCUUCCAUCCUUUGGUUUGGCAGCCUUUGCAGCAGACUGUGGGGCUUUUCGCAACUGAAAAUUGACAGCAUAACAUAAUUGGUUGAUUCUAUUUUCAGAACAUUGAUAAUGAUAUGGAAAUAUGGAGAAUAAAUACAAUACAAACUGUGAUAUUGUUCUGAAUUUGUUCAAAUUUGGAUAUGCCUUUUGUCACCCUUAUGAGAAAAAACAAUAUGUCCCGUCACUAAACCGUUGUGACGUUAUCAAUCUAUUCUGCAGCAAAUUAGUUCCGCGUUUCUGAUUGGAAAAAGCAACAAUACCUUAGUUACGUAUGAUCAAACCAAUGGGAAUUUAGUUGGUAACCGAAAUUCGCCGGGACAUUCUGUGGAAAACCGUAUUUGAGAAUAAGGAGUAUUUCAGUUGAGCCUUGGUUCGUUCUUAAUGAAUGAGUAUCUUUCUAUAGUUUUGGGUAUAGUCUCUGGUACUUGAUCAUUUUUUAUCAUUUAACAUCUUUCUUACAAUGAUUCAAACGGUAGCUAAUGCAAUAUUUCCUAAAUUCAAUAUCAUAGUAAGUCAGUAACUUCUUAGGGGCUUCUAAGUCCUUCAUUCGAUUCAAAAUGUUGCGAGGGUCAUUUCAUUUUUUCAUUUCAUUUUUUCAUUUCAUUUUAAAAUCUUUAUACACGAAUUUCCUACCAGCUAUAAUACAAAUAUAAAUAAACUACUUCUAUUACAAUUGCUUCUUUAAUAUAUAUAAAAUAAAGAUGUUGCUGUUCUUCCUAGGGAUCGUGUUUUGUUUUGGGAAUUUAUUAAUUUUGUAGGAAUCUCUUCAAGUUUCUUUUAAAAAUGGAAAUUGUGGGGCUCAUUCUGACGUUUCUUGGAAUCUCAUUCCAUGUUUUGGCCCCAGAGUUUUAAUAAAACAUCAUAGAAAUAAAAACAUCAAAAGGAUAAAACAGUAGAACAAAACAUCAAAAGAAGAAGGAUAUCAGCUUUCUCACCAUGUGAUGAAAGGGUAUUACUUCAACUGCACCUGGACACACUUUCUUAACAGCCUCGGCUACUUCUUUAUAAUAUACUUUUUCAAUCUUGUUAUUGGGAUCUUCGUAGAACUCUUUCUUUGAAAAGGAUGUAUUGUGUUCAAUAAGCUGGAACCCAUGUUCUGCAAUGGUCGGGGCUGGGUUUACAUUGCGAGCGUCUCUUACGUAUUUCUCAACGACUACGUUUGCUUCUUCGUCCGACUGACCUUUUAUUGGUGGUACAAAUGUUUUUUGUCUUUUACCGUUGUCUCGCGUGUAAAUCAGGUGUGCGCGGGGAAUAUCCAACACCGAAGCAGCUUUGACUUUACUUGCCAUUGUUCCCGUGUAAUAUGAUUGCUUGAUUUAUUUUGCAGCUUUCUAUAAGAAAAAUGUGAAAAUAUAGGCGGGUGUCGUGGCCAGGGGCAGGGGGCCGUGCCCCCUUUUGCUUUCAAAAUUUGACAGAUUUUCGGAAAAAUCAUUGUUAUGUCGGAAAAUCUUCAAACUUGAGCUGUGGGUAAAAUGGAAACUUACAAGUGGAAGCGACAUAAAUAACUUAGAUUAAGAUAAAACAAAAACAAAAUGAUUUCUCAGGAUUUACCGAUUUCUACCAUAGAGUGAUUUCCUGCUCGGAUUUUGCAAGUUAAAAUCCGAAUCUUCAAGAGCCAAAUUUGGUUAUGGAAAUUUGCAAUAUUGGUCAUAAAUUAUAUCUUUAUUUGAUAUUUAAGACCGGGAUAGUGCCAAUUUUUUGUCUAUCACCAGAUUUGAAAAUUUAGGCAGUCAUGUUGCAUAAGGUAAAACAAGGAAGAAGUCGAUCAAUACCAUCACUUUUCACCAGUGGAUAUUCAUUUUGAGAAUAAAAUUUUAUUAUCAAAAUUUGCUCCAUAGAAUGCAAUUUCCGGCGAAUUUGAAGCAUUAAGCUUAUAAAAAAAUUUUCCCUUCCGCAGCAGCCAUGGUGCCGCCUCAGGUAGUAAGUACGAAGGAACAGAGACAAGAUAAAACAGUGCAUUUUAAAUAUCUUUCCAGCUAAAAGGCAAAGGUUAUGUGAUUUUCUCUCUCUCCCUUGCACAACCAUGAAAUGCAUCUAUUUGAUGAAAAGAAAUCAAAGAAAUUUUGUCUGAAAAUUUUUCUUUCUGGCCACCUCUAGAAUUCUUGGUCAUGAUGCCCCUGCUGGGGACAUACAUCAUUCCAGGAAAAAGGAAGAUAUACAGUUCAAUAUGUGUCCUUUUGAGUUAAAAUUGAACCAUUACAAAAGACAAUCCUUUUCAAGGCUAUUUUGUGAAACUGUAAAUGACUAUGAUGCUUCAGUAGAGUUAUCCUAAAUAAAGGGAAUGUUUGCCAGUUGGAGUAAUCGUUCACUUAAAACCAUAUAGGUCAAGGUGUCUUAUUGUAGUAAACCUCCACCCCUUCAUUUUGUUAGUAGAGAUGUUAGUUUGUUAGUUUUCAAAUAGAAAUGGUAUGCAGAAAACAAGGAAAAAUAAAUUUGAAAAACACAAAAACAAGUUUUCAUGACAAAACAUGCCAAGAAGCACAACAAAUAUCAAAGGGCUCUUUUUUGAAAUCAAAACAGGGUUCCAAAUCAAAGAGUUUCACAUGUAAUUUUACAAGCAUGAUCCAAACCCCCAAUCAAACUGGCACUGCUCAAGAUAGAUCUUAACCCAACACUGUUCAAUUGCAGGUCAGGCUUUACUAAAUACUAAGAAAGCUAGAUUUACACUUACAUUCAAAAAGUAUUUGAACACCUUCAAAAUUUAAAAUACUUUUUAUGCAAUGAAUUUUGAAAGACGUGUACUUUUAUCCUUUUUUACUUAAAAGAAACAGCACAUACUUCCAUAAAAUUUUCACAGGAUUUUGGUUAUGUUUUGUAGACUGUCAAGCACUUUAAAUAAUUUGAAACAGAUCAACUAUAGAAAUAUUGUUGACCUUAAAAAAUAAACUGGAAGUUUUCAAAAAUAAAGAAAUUAAUUACAAGAAGCUGUUAUAUGAUUACACUUUUUGCAAAAGUGUGAUAAAGGUAUUGAAAAUUGCUACACAAGAACUGGGAAAAAAUCUACCAAGCACAGGUAGACCAAGUCAUUUCCAACGGCACAGCAGGGCCCAUACCACUGGAGGGGCCAGGAGGGCCAUGGCCUCCCCACAUUUUUGCUAAAUAAAAGAAUAAAAACAGCUAUAAUUAUCUAUAAAUAAUCUUUUAGAUUACAACAAAGACAUUGAAACCAAGGUCACAAGUAAACCACUUUCAGCAAAAUUUUUCCCACAAUUGGGGCUAGAGGGAAAAGAGAAAACUCUCUUUACAUUGCUGGUCAGUCCAUUUUAGGAUCAGUGGCAUUGACCCUGUGUUGGAACUGCAAAGCAAUAGGCUUGUAUUGUUAAAAGUUAAAAUAAUUUAAAGACAAUAAAUUUUGAAAUAUUUUCAUAAACACUUAUAGAAAAAAACAUAAAAAUACAAAUUUUCAAGCUGCCUAGUAUAAAUACCCAAUGAUAGCAAAUUUAUUCAUUUUAUUUACUUCUUAGUUCUCAUGGUUUGCAUUAUAAUUUCAGCUUGGGUAAAGAUCUUAAUUAAACAACAUUGCAAUGUCUAUUGAUUCGAUCCAAUUUUUGAAUCUCAAUAGCUUUAUUACUUCCUUUCAUCCAAUUUUUUUUAAUGUUUAUGCAAAAAUUAAGUUAUUUGUUUAUCUUUCAAAUUUUCAAAGUUUAAUUUUCAAAAAAGGUGACUUCUCUGGGCCAUUCAAUUUGUAUUAUAUUUUGCUGAUUUAUGCAAUAAAUUCAGAACAGUCCUUCAAUUUUUCUAUGUUUAUAUCAAAAGUAAAUGUGCAUUUUCAACUUUAAAGUUUAUUGAGGACACUAUGACCAAGAUUAUAUAAGGAAAAUACAGUGCAUAUCUCAAGGAUGCUGCAAUGGGCAACUGGAUAGGCUUCAGUAUAAGGGCAUUUGAAAUUUAUUCGUUGGUACCUUUCAGAUAAUUAGCAUGUUAGACAUGGGCUAAUUCUUGCAGAAGGGAUAUUUUUCACAAGUUUUGAGAAAUGUCUUCAUGAACAGGAGGGCACUACAGCCAGAAUUUAUCUCUUUGACAAUUACAAAAGUCUUUUUUCAAGUGCAUUUUACAAAAGUCAAGUGCCCUUUUAUGUGAAGGUCACUUCCCUUUCUGCACCUCCUCUCAAAGGGCUAGAGGGGCCAUUGUCCCGCACACCUCUCCGGCGCCCUGGCGGGUCUGGACAACGUGCACUGCAAAACCUAAUCAAAUGUAAUAAAGCCAUAAUUUUUUGUUGACGUGCCCCAAUACUUUUUAACGCGUACUUGGCAAAUUUCAUAUGAUGGCAAAAAGUAUGCGUUAUUAGGCUGGCUCAUAAUAUCCGGCAAUAUAACUAAGAAAAACAUUGGUGAACCAGCUAAAAAUUUAUAAAGCCUUAUCUGGGAUGACUAUCAAAUUAAGUUACGUGUUAACAAUAAUAAUCACAGUAAUGAACCAAAAUAUCUUAAUCUUUACAUUAAUCUCACCAGAUUUGGCAACUUUCUUCGUGGAAAACAACUAGUUUGACUGCUAUUUCCCGAGUGAUUUGUUUCUUCCAGGUUGUCAAAAAGAUUGUUUAUGGCAACGCCAAAGCGAGGCAUAGGAUCUGCAGUGGCGCGCAGAGUUCGAAAAAUUGCUUACUAAGCAAAUCUUUGUUUUGGCUGUUGCAGGUUUAGGCAAAUCUUUGUUUUGGCUUUGGUUUUGGCCCACACUUUUUGCAAAACAAUAGAGCUUUGUUCAAAAUCUAUUGCUAUGAUUGUUAAAUUUUCCCUUGGCCCCCCACCUUCCAACAUGCGUUGAAUCCCAUGAGACGAGCCUCUACGAAAAGAGCGGGGUUAGUAACGUCAUAUGAUAUAUACGGGCGUGACAUAUGCAGGCUUUUCUGACACGCACGGGCGUCUAGAAUGGGCGAUGAAAGUCAUUGGAUAUCCACCUCAGCUUUUCCAAAACUGAAUUUUAUUCCAUUUUACGAUGGUUUUCCGCGUAUUAACGUUCAUAAGAAAGCGUUAUCACCACCAACUGAUACGAUCUAUCUAUUUAAAAAAAAUGAAUAAAGAUCAAGUCUCAACAACUUUUUCGCUAAAUCCGGAACAGUCAACUGUGAGAAAAAAAAGGAAUUUUAUAUACAAAUGUCCUGAUCUAUUUUUAUAAGAAACAAAUGAUUUUUGCCAAGGCUCAGUAUUCUUAAUUUCUAAAUACUUUUAGGCUCAAGUGCAUUUAUUUGAACAUGUUUGUUAAAGACCUUGUAUUAAAUUGGCUCACAAUUUGGUAAGAUUUAUCUUGUUAUGCAGUUUGGCGGAUUCUUUUCCUUUCUAUCUUCUUUAUUUUUUGUUUUUUCUUCAUUUUUUUCUCUUACUUUCUCAUCCCAUUAAUUUCUUUCAUUGUUUUUCGUUUAGUUGUUACCUAGAUUUGUUGUCUUAAAGUUUUUUCUUUUUAAAUUCAAUUCAAGUUAAACGUAAAUUUCUAAGCAGGGGCUCUUAGUUCAAUAGCUCUCUUAUGAGUUUUUUCUUAAUGCGCCAAGUAGCCAUUAACUAUAUUCAUAUUCCAUAUUAAAAUUUCUUGUUAUUCUAUAUUAAUUAAUUCUAUUUUUUAUAGUAGUUUAAGUUGUAAUUGCUUAUAAUUCAGGGAAACUUUUGGGGGGUCAGCCCACCUUUGGCAAGUGAGUUCAUAUUUGGUUGGAUGAAUUCUGUGUUGGCAACCUUCCAUUAUAAUGUAGAUUUCUCACGAAUGCGCAAUUUCUUAUCAGUUUUUGUGUAUCAUUGCAUAGUUUGAAUGAUUUCUACAUACGACGGAGGGUCUUUAACACAAAAGCAAGUAAAUUGGGUGUGGUAAGGGUAUGGUCAUGGAUGUGGCCUCUUGAAUUUGCCUACAGCACAGCCCAAUUCCUAACCUUUUAGGGCGGCACUGUUGAAUAAUGGACCAAUGGACCAAUUUCUUCCAAAACCUAAUGAAAUUCCUGUUGAAAGCCUCAAAAAAUACUUUGCACCAGCAACCAAAUGCAACCUUAGAAUCAGGGCACUGGGCUCAAAAACCUUCUUGGUUCUCUCGGUGUCUUGGGCAACUUAAAAAGAAUUUUAUUAGAUAAAUCAUAUUGUAUCGAUCAAUCUUUAACUUGGUUUCUUUAAUUGAUAUAUCUUUGGUUGACGUAUUCGAUAAAUUGUAAAUUUGCUACUGAAUUACAUCAGUUUAAAUUUGACUACAUUUAAUUAAAUAUUUCAAAGACAACACUCAAAAGCAGCUUUGAAUGACAUGCAAUGAUGUUUUCUGAAAAUUUUGUUCUAAUCUUGCAAUUUUUUCAUCCGAGGCUGAGCAUGUUCUUACGUGACGUCAUUUUAUCUUAUAAAUGCUCUGCUAAAGACUGUUUAUUGACAGAAAAAUAUUUGACCUACCCUGAGAAGUGGAAAUUUAUUUUAGCCAAUUCUGAAUUCGUCCUACCAUUUCCAUGAUAUAUUUUUCAGCUGCCAUCUUCUGGAUCGCUUUUUGUUUGAUGACAACUACUAGUUCCAUGGCAAUAGUACUACGUUUAAUUUUAAAGGACAAACAUGGCAUUGUCCCUGGGGGCACACAUAAUUAAUGACCUCAAAAACGCCUCCAUAGCUGCUAAGUUCUCAGAAAAGCUAGAUGUGGGAGAACAUAACAGGCACUACCCUGUCUGGUACCGAGGAUAAACAGGCCCAAACGCCUUUUUAAAAACCGGUCUGGCUUCUGAAGGCUGUCUGACGCCUACAUUGUAGCCUCCCAGCAGGCCGGUCGGAAUCAUGUUUCCUUUGUAACGGUGUACGGAAUGAGAAAGUAUAUAAUGGGCAGCCCCCUAAUAUUAAUUUCGUUCCGAGGGCACUCCCCAGAAUUAACCAAAACGUAGAAAGAAGUCAUUCUGUAAGUAGCAGGAGUUCGUUUUCAUCUUAAGAUUCCAUUGGUAACAUUUUUAAUAGGCAAGCGGCACUGAUUAUGCAAUCUCAACAGGCAUAUGCUCACAUUUCUGACUGGCCUAUUUCGAUCACCAACUGGGUAUAUAUAUCUCCUAGCUUAGAGUUUUUGAUCUAUGUUCUGACGUUUUAUGCUCUGAAGGGUGUCAGACAAAAAGUUUUAGUAUAACUGAAAAUGUUUGAUUUUUUCAAAGCCAUUUUAAAUUUUGUACCACCAAAAGAUUGUUUGAAAACUCCUUCUAUCUACGAAUUGAAACUGAGACGUCCAUAAGUGGCAAAAACGAUAACAAUAUAGUAACCCAACCAGCAAGAAAAAUAAAUCAAUAGCAGGCGUUUAAAAAUGGCUUUAAAAAAGCAAACAUAUUGCAACAUGCUACCCGUAUAAAAACAUGUUUCAAAAUGUUUGCUUUUUCAAAGCUAUUUUCAAAUUCUGUAUUCACAUUCAUACUUGAUCUCAUCAAUUUCUGUUCCAUUUGCGAACAGAGCAUUAUUUGAAUUUAUUGCCAACAUUUGAUUUAAUCAUGAAAUUCAUACAUAACGCUGUUAUUUACGAGUUAUAACUAGUUAACUAUGGUGACUUUCUCUUAAUAUCGUAAUAACACAAUUAAACAUUUCUAACAACGUUACGGGUAUAAUAAACAGAAGAAGACUGGGGCGAGUACAUUUUGAAGGACAAAGUACACUUUGCAGGACAAAGGGACUCCCCACAAACAAACUUGGAAGUGCACUGACUUGAUUAUUUGAAAGAUUGCUGAAAGAAAAGCCAAAUGAAGCGGAAAAAAUUGAAAAAAGAACCUUGUGCUAAUUACCUCAAAUUACAUCUAACCGAAAAGUAGCCCUUAAACCAAGGUUCAAUCCAUGAAAUUUUAUUCUCACUUUGUUCGGCUGUGGGUGCCGGAAAAUUUACACAAUUUUGCAAAACAUAUAUAUCCAAUUUUUCUGACAGAGUAUUUCCUUCCAAAAAAGCGAAAAAGACAAUCUGCUUCUUUCUGAGGUUAAAACAACAACUUAUGAUAGAAAAUGUUCUAACCGUUUGGGUCUGAAGAUUCGGAAUUCUCUACGGAAUGAAAUUAGGUCAUCAACAAACAUACAAUUUUAAGAUGAUCAUAGGUAAUUAGAAUUUUAAAAUCAGCGAUGCAAGAACGAAUUAUGGCGUUGGGCAAUAGCUAAUAGCCCAAUAAAAUUUUACAUAAUCAAAUUGAGUUAUAUACUAAGUAAUUUUUUAAACCAGUUGCACGGAUAAUUUCGUGGAUUCCCUUAUUAUUGCUUGUCAUUUUGACGUAUCCUGCUCAACUUUGCAACAAUGCUUCUACUUUCUUCUUGAACUCUUCAUUUGUCACAAGUUUGGAAACAAUAUCGUUUAACUCUUUUUCAUUCAGUUCUCCAAACGCUUCUUUGACAGCAUCGGUGAUACAUUUCUUCGCUAUGUUUGUUAGGCCCUUAUCCUCAUUCAGAAUUAGCUUGAUCUGACUUCUAUCUUCUUCCGACCAAUUUGCUGGGCUUUCUACGUGAGCCAUGACAAUUGGGAUGACGGCAUCCUCUAAUGGAACUUUAUUGAAAUUAGCCUUGGCAGUUUUUUCAAAAAGUCCUCCAGACAAGCAUCUCUCAAUUAUUUCUUCCAACUGUUCUUGACUAGCGCUUUCUAGCCCAUAUAACUGAAGCUUUACGAACCCGUUCACCAUUUGUCUCAACACAAAUGACACACCAUCAUCUCUGUACAAUGCUGCACCCAUGCCCAGCCUUCUUAUGGCUGGCCAAUACUGAGCGAACAUUAGUGCUUCCAUAAUUUUCUCAACAGCUAACCCAACAAGGUCCUCUUUUUGUUUACUUUCAACGUCAACCGGUAUAGUGUUUGGUUCAUGAUCGGGAAAAAAGACAAUACAGCGA